AACAUGGCUUGUCUUACAUAUUGACAACUUAAGAGGUUAUGUUUGUCUUUUAUAAAGUGGUGUAACUUAUACUGCUAAAAAAUUGAGUGAAAUAUCUAUAAGAUUAUAUAUACAAUAGUCUCUUUGUUUAGUAAGAAAGAAUUUACAUCUGUUGGAUAAUCAUGCUGGAAGAAAUGCAAAAAAAGUUACAGUCUGAAGUUGAUAAAUUAAGACAAACUCAUAAAGAGUAUAGCAAAAUGCUUAACCAAAGGCAACAGCUAGAUGGGCAAUUGAAUGAGAACAUGAUGGUAAAGAGUGAAUUAGAUCUCUUAAAGGAUGAAAAUGAUGUGUUUAAGUUAAUAGGACCUGUGCUUGUAAAACAAGAUCUGUCUGAAGCUAAGCAGAAUGUCUCUAAGCGCAUGGAUUAUAUUAAAGCUGAACUGAAACGUGUGGACGAUACAUUAGCUAGUUAUGAGAAGAAAAUGGAAACGCAAAAAGAUGCACUCAAUAAACUGGAACAAGCAUUUCAGCAGACCCAAAUCAAGGCUUCUAUAAAUCAAUCAAAAUCAUAAUACCAUGGACAUACAAUUGUUAUAAUAUUUCAUAUAAAAAUCUACUUAUGAGUGCUUAUAUACAUAAAUUAUGUGUAUGCGUUUGCAUAAAAAAGUCCUCAACUAA